CGAUUCACCACGUUGCUAUCUAAGUUCUCUUGUAAUCUGCAUGUGAUUUUUUACUUUGCCGGCAAACGAUAUGGGACCACGAAUUUUGAUAAUCGGGGCCGGUGCGGCUGGAAUUGCUACUUUCACGAGGCUGUAUGAAAAUGGAUUCGACAAUAUGGUGAUAUUAGAAGCGGAAAAUCGGAUUGGAGGUCGAAUACACACCGUGCCCUAUGGAGCCAACGUUGUGGACUAUGGGGCUCAAUGGGUACAUUCCAAUGUAGAUAACUGUGUGUAUGAUAUGGCAGCGAAGUAUAAUCUUGUAGAAAUCGAAAGCCAUCCAGAAAACGAAAUUUGCAUCAAAUCGAACGGUGUUGAAAUCCCGAUUGAAAACUCAAACCUUGUUUUGCAAGUCCUAACGGACUCAAUCAAAGACGUGGAUAGACUCAAGAAUUACCCCAAAUCUCUUGGUGAUUUUUAUGUUGAUAUAUUUCAGGAAUCGAUGAAAAAUGGAAAAUUUGAUGGGAUAGAUAACGAAACGUGUUAUCAGCUGUUCGAUUUCUUUCUGAAAUAUCAUCACACCUACAAUGCUGUUGAUAGCCUCUUCGAAACGUCUGCUGCUGGGCUGUUAGAAUUUACGGACCAUCAAGAUGAUUACCUGAUUAAUUGGAAAGGGCGGGGUUUUAAAACCGUUAUCGAUCUUAUGCUGAAACGUCUUCCUGAACAAAACUCGACUCCCAUACCCCUGCAAAACUUCCUAGUCCUUAAUCAACGAGUGAUCAAUAUAAAUUAUCCAGCUGAACCAGAUGAAAAAUGCACUGUAACGUGUGCUGACGGGAACAAAUAUUCGGCAGAUCACGUAAUCAUUACAGUCUCGUUGGGAGUCCUGAAAGAAAAUUACCCCACAUUGUUCACACCUAAGCUGCCUUCAAUGAAAAUCAAUGCUAUCAGUGGACUUUAUAUCGGCACUAUCGAUAAGAUGAUAUUGGAGUUUGAGCAACCCUUCUGGCCUAGCGGGUGGCAUGGGUUUGGGAUUCUGUGGAACAAACAAGAUUUGGAAGAGCUUCGCAAGUCAGACUAUCGCUGGGUUGAGACAAUUUGUGCAUUUUUCGUACCGGAAUAUCAGCCUAAUUUGCUUGUAGGUUGGAUUUACGGAGAAGAAGCUCGAACCAUGGAAAUGCUUCCAGAAACAAGAGUCAUAGAAGGGCUUCUGUUCGUGUUAAGAAAAUUCCUCACAAAAUUCAAUGUGCCUAACCCAAAAUCGUUUUCGCGCAGUACUUGGUACGCUAAUGAAAACUUCCGCGGUUCCUACACCAGUCGAUCGGUGAUGGCGGAUGUUUUGAAUGCCAAGGCCGCAGAUUUGGCAACUCCAUUGGUCAAUACGCUCGGGAAACCCGUGGUGCAAUUUGCCGGGGAAGCCAGUCAUCCGGAGUAUUAUUCCACCGUCCAGGGUGCCAUCGGAAGUGGUUGGAGAGAAGCUGACCGGUUAAUCGAGCUGUACAGAGAUAAGCGAACAACAAUUCAAUUUUCAAAAUUGUGA